AUGGGAUUUCAAGUGACACCGAGAAACGCAAUCGCGUUCACGAGAGCCAGCGUUGCUCUGACAUGUUCCUGGCCACCCUCGGUUCGAGCUAGCAAAGCUAAACUUCUGCUUUUCAAUACCCUGUGGUGUAUAGCAUUCAUCAGUUCCAUGGGAUUACUCGCGCCGCUGCUGUUUGCUAUUUAUGAGUAUCGCAAAGAGCCCAUCAUUCUUGGGAAAAAUGUGAGCCUCUUCUCGGCUGUCACGCAAGUCACGAUUAAAAUGAUAGUAUGCCGAGUGAUGCAGAGGAAAUUUCAAUGGUUAUUUUUCGAGAUGGAGAAUUUUUGCAAAGACGCUACAGACGAGGAAAGAGUUAUUCUCCAAUGUCAUGUGAACAAAUACAAACACGCCCACGGUUUCUACACCCUUUGGUGUUUCCUGACAACAAUGUUCGUUAUAAGCGGGCCAUUGUACUCGCCCCGAGAGUUCCCCACGCACGCGAAAUACCCCUUUCCGGUGGAACGGCAGCCGUUUAGGAGUAUUAUUUUCCUCCAUCAGUCGCUGGUUGGAUUCCAGGUAUCCUCGGGUAUGGCGAUCGAUGUCCAAGUCGCGCUUCUCCUGCGAUACACCGCUGUCAGGUUCGAGAUUCUGGCGAUGCGGUUGGAGAGAGCCAAAUCUGAAAGCGAAUUAAACGCUUGUAUACGGGAACACGUGAAUCUGCUCAGAUACACGAGGAGCGUGUAUCAUGCUGUCAGGUUCAUCGUUUUUACAACAGAAAUCACGACAAACGUCGCAGUAAUUUUCGGCAGUUUGAAUUUAGUCACCAGGCAGCCAUUGCCUUUGAAAGUAUUGUACGCGCUAGUGGUGGUCAGUGCCAGCGGCGAGCUUUUCAUGUACGCUUGGCCGGCCGACAGUUUGAUACACCAGAGUAUGAGAACAGCCGCGAAUGCUUUCAAUACAAAUUGGUACCAGAAAAAUGCGAGGUACCGAAGAAAGGUAUAUUUCAUCAUGCUGAGGUCCCAGAGACUCGAGGCUAUUCAAAUAACAGGCAUUCUGCCGCAAAUUUCGUUGUCGUAUUAUGCAAAGUUUCUGUCCACAGCGUUCUCCUACUUCACCGCGUUGCGUGUGAUGGUCGAGAAAUCUGACGCCCGUUGA